AUGAACACUACAACACCAGAUUACGCGAUGUUGGAAAGAACCAAACCCGGGAUGCCUCCCAAGCACCGAAAACUCGUCCGCACAUACGGGCGCCGGACCCCCUCUGCAGCCCCAGAGGCGCGCAGCGAGCCACCGACCAAGAGAAGAAGGACUUCACAGGAUGAUCAAAAUACAAAUGUUGUCGGAUUGCCAGAAAAGAACUCGGAGAGCUCACCUGAAGCCGAACACGAAGAAGAGCCGAGCGCAGAUCGAGAUGGCCCCGAUCCAGAAGAAGAACUCGAUGACAAGGAAAAGCCAAAGUCGUCAAUCCUCACCAGUCAAGGCAGUCGCGGGCGAUUUACCCUCGAAGAACCGAACAUCUCCGUCGAGUCCGCCCAGCCCACCGACGUCACCUCCUGCUGUGCGAGUCAAAAGAAAAAGGGCGCCGCGCCUAUUGAAAUUAAGACCAGUAACACAGGCAUCGAUAGAAGAAUCAGGCGAGGACGAAGAGCCGGGAGAAUCUCCCUCAACCUCUUUAGACGACUUAGAGGAGAGUAUCAGAACGCACAAUACGACCCGGGUAGUAAAAACACAUGUUGGAUCAGGAUUAUGUCGUACCGGGUCACCGGCAGAGAGCGAUACAACCUCUGA